AGUGAAGCUAGUGUGGAUGAGUAACGUCCGCUGCAGGCAGUGCUCACACACAUGUCAUUGAUUGCUGCAGCAGAUACACACGUACACGACACAUGUCCCGAUGGCUGAGAUCUCGCCAUCGUUCGUACGUACCAACCAACGUAUCCAAGUACACACACGAACGACACCCACAAACAAAUCAAUGCACGCAGCGCAGAGCUCUGACAGGACGUCCGCUCUCGCUCGUUCACUUCCAUCGAAUAGAUGAGACACAGGUCACUACAGAGAUAAUGAAAGCAACACCGACCGACAUGUAUACACGCGACAGAGACACAGACAAUACCCACCCACCGUCAUGUUCGUUCGCGCGCAAGACAAAACCGCGAUGGAUACGUAAGUAAUUGUUGACCCGACAGCCCAUUCCCCCUCUGCGCGGUCGUGUGCCUGUCCAUGGCAUGGAUGGAUGGACCGGCCUUCGUCUGAUGUGACUUCAUUUGCAGGGAGCACACAAACACGUGAUGACUAUGUAUUUACAGAUGAAUUGCGGUGGUGGCGCAAGGGGGGGCGUGAAGCAUGUCUGUUCCCCCUCUGAACCUAAGCAGAGAACGCACGGAAACCGCCGAGCGCACUGUGUGGUGCACACUGCAGCGGAGGCCGGAUACUGUCUACCUAGGUCCAGAGAAGGGAAGAAGGCGGACUAAAACCUCACUCAUAUCAUUUGGAUGGAAUGGGAGAAAACCCUACACUGCCUGCCUGCCUGCCUGUCUGCCUGCCUGGACGGCUCGAUGGCUGGCUGCAUCUCUAUGCAUCUGUGUACACAUGAGGGUACCAACGUCAUUCGUACAGACAGACAGACAGACAGACAGACAGGACUCAGGACGAAAAACCCGACACAGGGGCGCUCCCCCCCUCCUCACCGCAUCGACCCAUCCACCCUCUGUGUGUGUGUGUGUGCCAGUACUCUACGGCGUGUAGGCAUACCGCAAGAGGGCAUGGCUAACUAGAUGGGACACACCGGGUGACCGACCUCCCCCGCUGCUCGUGUGUUCAUGCAACCGACAGACCUCGACGCACUCGGGCCAUCAUGAGAGUGACACGACCGUCUGCGGCAAGAGCACACCCAACCAACUGAUGGGAGGUGCAUCCCGGCACAAGAGAAAAUGUAUGUAUGUGUGUAUGCGGUAUGCGCCCCCCGCCACCUCGCCCACACGAGUGAAUGAAUUAUUGACAGACAGCUCGGAGAGAGGAAAGGAGAGAGAGAGAGAGUAAACGAAGGAGAGGACGUCAGAGAGGAUGGCUUGGCUCACACACGGACGGACUUAAAUAUCACAUGACAUCCACACCGAGGCCAAAAGGCCAAAAGCAACAACACACAGGGAAAAACAAAACCACACCCACCCAGAGUGAAUUAUCCACACAUGGACACACAGCAGCCAGACUCGCCCUCAUGCACACGGACAGACAGACAUACGCGCAGAGAGCGACCAGUCUCCGUCCAUCUCUCCCCUCCCAGCAGCAUAUUUAAUUGUGGACCCACACGAGCACCCAGCCAUGCAGACAGGCAGACAUAGACAUUGCACUAUGCAAGCAAACACGCGGGCUAGGCAGCGAUCAGGUAAGAGCAAGACAGAGUCAUCGACUCGCCAUAUCGGCUGUCCACCAGCAGGCCCCUCUCAGCCAGCAGUCGGGUCGGGAAGCUCAUCUGCACACUCCCGCCACCACCACCACCACUCUCACGGCCACUGUUCGACGAUGCCUCGGUGUCCUGGUGAUUGACCUCCUCGGUUGCCACAGAAGCAGCUGCUGUGGUGUUGGUGCUGUUGGUCCGGAUGAUCAGUCGGCGUAAGCGACCCCGCUGAUCUCGCGUCGAGUCAAAUCGCAACUCGGGCUCGGCACACACGAACCUGACCACACACAUACAGCAGCACAGCGAAUAUGAGAACGAGCAAAUGAGGCAGGCAGGCAGGCAGGCUUCCAGCCACGAAUCGGCUCGUGAGUGAAGCCGCUCACUUGUAUGCCUUCCACGCGGGCGGCUGCACAGCACUCGCCACAAUCGCACGGUGCUGAGCCACAUGGCCGUUGUCCUCUUCUCGUUGUUGCGCUUCAGUCUUGCGCAGGAGCAGCUGCUCCAGCAUGUGCAGACCGGCGAAUGGAUGGCCGGUCGCCGCGGUGUCGUUGGUACCCUCCGCCCCGGCUGCUGGCUUGGUCGUGGUGGUGUUGGUGGAGUAGGUCAUGGCGUUGUGCGGUGGCAAGUUGGCCUCCCAAACUUGGACAGCAUGCUGCACCGAGUUCUGACAUCGACAGCCCAUACCAUACAGACAAGAAGGCAUUCUCCGUACGUACGCCUCGGGUGCCUUUUCUUGUGGCCAGCGCCUGUGCUUACGUAGACGACGAGACCGUGUUGCUGCUGCACUGUUGUUGGGGUGGUCUGGAUGGUGGUGUUGUCCUCCUUCUCGAGAACCGCCAUGAGCACACGCCCCUGCCUCUCCAGGCCGGCGCCCUCCCCAGCCCACAUGCCGCCCCCGAAGAAGGCCACACCCAGCAGCACCACAAACACCAACGAGAAGAACCGAUUGAAGGAAGACGGGUUGACCAGGAAGGUAUCGGCUAUGGUCUGCUCGUCGGUCUCUGUGAGGGGCUGCGGCAGGUCCAUCGAGAGGAAUGAGGGAGGGGGAGGGAGAGGGGUGGGGUGGUGGUCCUGGCAGGGGUAGCAGAGGGGCGAGGGGUCCGGGUUGGCCCCACCCUGCGAGCCAUGGGAGGACUCGACGGUACUCUCGGUGGUGCUGGUGGGAGAGGGCGGCUCGAGAGCCGCCGCCACUGGGGCGGGAGUGUAGUGGACGGGCUGCUGCGAGAGGCCGUGGCUCGCCAGCUGCAGGGACAGCUCCUGGUUAUGGGUAGUGAGUUGCGCCACAUCUCGAAUCAGCCGAGCGUUGUCCUGCUUCAGCUCAGAGUUCUCCCUGCAGCCAAUGAAACCGAAGGACACAUUCGGGGGGAAGCCGUGCAUCUCCUGUUUCACAUCCUUUCUCUCGAGUAUACCUACCUAUGCAGGUGCUGAUUCUCGGCCGACAGUCUCUCCACCCGCUCCUGCAGGUCACGCAUGAGACGCUUCUGCCGGUCCCGGUGCGCCUGGGCACUCAGUCGAUUGCGCAGCUUCUGAGAGGACACACGAUAGAUGCGGCAAGCAGGUGCACAGCACACAUGCACACCCACCUGCUGGCUCAUUCUCUCCUCCUCUUCCGAAGCCGUCCGCUUCCUCUUGGGCUGGCUUCGGCUGGCAGUGGGUGUGGGAUCCGUUGGCGCAUGCGAGAACGAUAUGGGCCAUGAGGACGACACCUUACCAGGCUCCGUCUUGACCACCGGCGUUGUUGCGAGUGGCGGCGGGAAGGUAGCGGGGAAGAGGUGCGGCGGGAGAGGAGUGAGCGCCCCGCUGUAGGCGAGGCUGCAGGGGUCUGCCGACGGGAUGCUGCUGGUGUUGGUGGGCGUCGUCAUGACGGAGGAGGGGUCCUCCUGUGGCCGCCGGGAGAUGGCGAUGUGCGGGUGUGCAGAUCUCUCUGUCUUGAUGGUCAGCUGGGCAGGGAACGUCGUCAUGGCGGUCGCCGAGACGUAUUCGGGGUGCAGCGAGGCGAGAGAGUAUGCGAG